AUGACAGAAAACUCCAGGAUUUUGACCUACGACGCCAACGCUCGCAAACAGCGGCUGAGUGCGUCGCGCGAACAGCGUUUGACAAACAUCUUCAUGAUCAUGGCAGCAGGAUUCGCUUUGAUCUCGGACGGGUACCAAAAUAACGUCAUGUCCAUGCUCAACAAAGUGUUCCCCAUCGAGUACGGGAAACAUGUUUAUUCCGACAUCGUGGCCACCAGAGUGUCGAACGCGUCACUAAUCGGCACGAUCCUGGGCCAGGUGGUCGUUGGCGUGGCCUGCGACUACAUGGGCCGCAAAUGGGCCAUCUUGGUGGCCACCGUCCUGCUGGUGGGCGGCUCAGCGUUGUGUGCUGCUUCCCACGGAACCACUGUAAACGGCAUGUUUUGGAUGUUAACCGUGAUGCGCGGCGUAACCGGGUUUGGCCUGGGUGCAGAGUACCCUUGCUGCUCUGUGAGUGCUAAUGAGGCCGCCAACGAGCACAGCGAGACCAGAAGAGGCGGGAUCAUGGUGUUGGUCACCAAUUUGCCUCUUUCUCUGGGCGGGCCCUUUGCCAACAUCGUUUUCCUCAUUGUCUACUCCAUCUGCGGGCCCCAGCACCUGCCAGCGCUGUGGAGAACCAUGUUCGCGCUAGGUUGUGCGUGGCCUCUAAGUGUGUUCUACUUUCGCUGGAAAACUAGUUCCAACGCGCUUUACACCAAGGGCCAGUUCAAAUCUAGAGUUCCACUUUGGCUCGCUGCCAAGUACAGCUGGUCAAGAUUGCUGGGCACCUGUUUUGUGUGGUUUUGCUACGAUUUCGUCGCUUUCAGCAACGGCCUGUUCAGUGCUACCAUCAUCAGCUCCGUCAUCAAAGACAGCAGCAACAUAAAAACCGUGGCAGAGUGGAACUUGUUACUGGGAAUCAUUGCCGUUCCGGGCGUGUUUCUCGGCGCCUAUUUGUGCGAUCGCAUUGGACGCAAAUACACACUGAUGUUCGGGUUUGGCGGCUACUUGAUUUUUGGACUAAUCAUCGGGUGUGCGUGGGACAAAAUACACAAGAUUACCGGUCUAUUUAUUGUCUUUUACGGGCUCAUGAAUGGUCUUGCUAAUGCUGGACCUGGUGACAUGCUGGGGCUCACGUCCAGCGAAAGUUUCCCUACAGCCAUCAGAGGAUCAUGUUACGGACUUUCGGCUGCUGUGGGCAAAGUCGGUGCCGUUGUUGGCGUCUAUUGCUUCAACCCAGUCAAAGCGAAUCUAGGGAUUCGUUACGUGUUCAUUAUCGCCGCUUGUUGCGGUCUUGCAGGCAUUUUAGCCACCUGGAUUUUGAUCCCACACUCUAGGGAAAACGACUUGAUGGAACAAGAUGUCAAGUUUCACAAUUAUUUGGUCAACCACGGCUGGACAGGUGCCAUGGGUAUGGAUGUUGAGGAAACUGACCUCGAGAGAAAGGGAACUGCCCUAUCAUUGAGCGGAACAGAAUCUUAUGUCAAAGACUCCACUAUGGGAGUGGUGGUGCGAGAGAUUAGUAGUUGA